CGGCUUCGCUGGAAGGCGACCGGCGCAUGCGCUGUUGCUGGGGAGCGGCGCGCUGGCGACCGCGCGCGGUCCCGCGCCUGGCGCGGGGCCCCCCCCUUCUCCCCCCCGCCUGAGGACCCUUCGGCCCACGUUCCAGUGUGGUGGUCUCAGUGUGAGGUGCCCGGGUCACCGUCCCAGAAUCCCCAGAGAGACGACUGAAAAGGCAGGAAGAAUUUGACUUGAAAAAACCACAGGGGCCCCUAAAAAUAACCGUGGAAGAAUUGGGGGGACCAUAUUGGAAUCUGAAUAAUCACAUGAAGGGAAGGCAAGAAGUAGGAGCAGUAAAAAGAUACUGAAUUGAACUUGAGAGGCCUGACCAAUCUAAGCUGGACUGAAGAGACUAGACUGAAUGAGAAGCUGAGUUUUGCCUCCUUCACAACUAAUUCUACGUCUUAAUUUUCCCUUUACCUAAAAUGUCAGUGAAGAAAACACAUGACAGCUUCUCAGCAUCACUCCUGUGCGACAUUUUUGACCAUUUCCUCAGCCUUGCAGCUGUUUGGAAAACUGUACCUUAGGCUGCACCUGUUAGGAAAAAGCGAACUUGGGGAUCUAGGGUCUCCUGAAGUCCCGUUUAGAAGCCACAUACCUUCGGCGGGUGUUGCGUUAUCCCCCCUCCGUCGGCUAGCAGUUGGUCCCGUCCCAGUGCUAGCGGGCGCCGAGCGGGAGCCGCGCGGGAGCAGCGCAGCGACGGCGGCGGCAGCGGCGGCGGCGGUUGCUAUUCGGAGCCGUUGAGACGCCUCUGCGGCAGCUGGUGGCGCAGGUGGCUUGCGUGGACGCGGGCAGAGGCGGCCGGCCCGCCACCGCAGCCUCAGCGCCCGCGGCCCCGGCAGGCGCGUCGGGACACCCCGAGGCAUCCUCCCCCUCCCGCCGCCCCGGGAGCCUCGGCUGCCGUCCGCCCUCCCGCAUCCCCUCGCAGUCCGCACCGCCACACCUCCUCCCUGUGCUCGGACCCCCGGCCUCGCCCCCGAAACAUGACUCGCGAUUUCAAACCUGGGGACCUCAUCUUCGCCAAGAUGAAAGGUUAUCCUCAUUGGCCAGCUCGAGUAGAUGAAGUUCCUGAUGGAGCUGUAAAACCACCCACAAACAAACUACCCAUUUUCUUUUUUGGAACUCAUGAGACUGCUUUUUUAGGCCCAAAGGACAUAUUUCCUUACUCAGAAAAUAAGGAAAAGUACGGCAAACCAAAUAAACGAAAAGGCUUUAAUGAAGGUUUAUGGGAGAUAGAUAACAAUCCGAAAGUGAAAUUUUCAAGUCAACAGGCAUCAACUAAACAAUCAAAUGCGUCAUCUGAUGUUGAAGUUGAAGAAAAAGAAACUAGUGUUUCAAAGGAAGAUACUGACCAUGAAGAAAAAGCCAGCAACGAGGAUGUGACUAAAGCAGUUGACAUAACCACUCCAAAAGCUGCCAGAAGAGGGAGAAAGAGAAAGGCAGAAAAACAAGUAGAAACCGAGGAGGCAGGAGUAGUGACUACAGCAACAGCAUCUGUUAAUCUAAAAGUGAGUCCUAAAAGAGGACGACCUGCAGCUACAGAAGUCAAGAUUCCAAAACCAAGAGGCAGACCCAAAAUGGUAAAACAGCCCUGUCCUUCGGAGAGUGACAUGGUAACUGAAGAAGACAAAAGUAAGAAAAAAGGGCAAGAGGAAAAACAACCUAAAAAGCAGCUUAAAAAGGAUGAAGAGGGCCAGAAGGAAGAAGAUAAGCCAAGAAAAGAGCCAGAUAAAAAAGAGGGGAAAAAAGAAGUUGAAUCAAAAAGGAAAAAUUUAGCUAAAACAGGGCUUACAUCAACCUCUGAUUCUGAAGAGGAAGGAGAUGAUCAAGAAGGUGAAAAGAAGAGAAAAGGUGGAAGAAACUUUCAGACUGCUCAUAGAAGGAAUAUGCUGAAAGGCCAACAUGAGAAAGAAGCAGCAGAUAGAAAACGCAAGCAAGAGGAACAAAUGGAAACUGAGCAGCAGAAUAAAGAUGAAGGAAAGAAGCCAGAAGUUAAGAAAGUGGAGAAGAAGCGAGAAACAUCAAUGGAUUCUCGACUUCAAAGGAUACAUGCUGAAAUUAAAAAUUCACUCAAAAUUGAUAAUCUUGAUGUGAACAGAUGUAUUGAGGCCUUGGAUGAACUUGCUUCACUUCAGGUCACAAUGCAGCAAGCUCAAAAACACACAGAGAUGAUUACAACACUGAAAAAAAUACGGCGAUUCAAAGUUAGUCAGAUUAUCAUGGAAAAGUCUACAAUGUUGUAUAACAAGUUUAAGAACAUGUUUUUGGUUGGUGAAGGAGAUUCUGUGAUCACACAAGUGCUGAAUAAAUCUCUUGCCGAACAAAGGCAGCAUGAGGAAGCAAAUAAAACCAAAGAUCAAGGGAAGAAAGGGCCAAACAAAAAGCUAGAAAAGGAACAAACAGGUUCAAAGACUCUAAAUGGAGGAUCGGAUGCUCAAGACAGUAAUCAACCACAACAUAAUGGAGACAGCAAUGAAGAAAGCAAAGACCACCACGAGGCCAGCAUUAAGAAAAAGUGAGGACAUGUUUUAGUGGGUUGUGAUGCCAUCCAGUGAAGAGAGAGAGACUGAAAUAUCUCUGAAGGAUUCUACACUAGAUAACUAGGUUGACAUACCUGGAAUAUAAAGAACAUUUGAGAAGUUUGUAAUGGUUUUCAUUGGAAAUAUUUAGACUGCUGAAAGUUUUAAAUUUUUAUAAGCAUAGGUUUUGAUGUUUAAAACUUGCUUUGAGGGAGAAAUCUCCUUAACCUUUGUUUAAAAGUGACUAAACAUUGCUAAUUGUACUUGUGCAGUAUUAACAGCUACAUUAUACAGUAAAUGUGAGGGAAAGUCCAUUUUAGGAAAUGUUAAACUGCUUUUCCAGACAUUGGUUGUAGUAUAUUUUCAAUUAGUGUGUGUAUGUUAAUGUGUAAUUGAUAGUAGAAAAAGGUUACAUUUUUAAAACUGCUACUUGUAUAAACCUUUCCUCUCUUCCCAAAUACUGUGGGUUUUGUGCAUAGUUUUUACAAAUCUUGGAUUUACCAGACUGUCUUUUCAUUGUUUGUGGGUUUUGUAGAAGUUAAUCAUUUUUACAGUAGAUAAAAUGUUACUUCUAUACAAGUAUUCACUCCCUCCCUUCUUUUAUCAAAAGUUAAUUUUAAUCUCAGUCUACAUUGUGCUACAUUAUCCUGCUGCUUUGUAACAAUGUGUGGUCUGUAUGCCUUUUUGUAUGACAACUAGAUAUCCAACUGACGUUGAACUGUUCUACGGGGUACAAAACUCAUGUUAACUUUUGAAGGUAAUUUAGUUUUGUGGCUGGGAAUUCAGUGAAGUCACAUGACUUUCCUGCAGCGAGCAGGAGUAUAUAUAGGAAUGAAUCUGGCUUUAGGGUUCAACCAUUUAAGAUCCUUUACAGGCACUAGUAGCUGAAACUGAAAACUAAAUGAUAAAAGUUUAUUUUUGAGAAAUGUGUCAAGUUUCUGAAUUUUUUUAAAAGUCCCACAUUAAAGAAGUCACUAAGUAUUUUUUUAAUUGGAAAAAAUGCAAUCCAUAAUGCUUUUGCAGUAAAUAAAAGUAAAUACUAUGUAAGGAAACUAACCUAUUUGAAAACAUGGCUAUACCAGAAGGGAAUUUUUAUUUCUAUGUCAUACAUGUGACAGGAUUGCAAAAAGUGGAAACACAGUAGACAAAAGUAAAGGAGUUGUCUGUAUAUUCAUGGAUAUGGACUAAAUCAGGGUGAACCAAGGUUAACACAAAAUUUAAGGGUAACUUAACAGAUAGCAUUUCUAAGAUAUUUUGAAUACUAGGUCAGUUGGUGAUUUGCAGUAGCUUAAAAGACACUUCUCAUGUUUAGAAACUGAAUAUGGGAAAAAGGCUUAAUUACCAGUGUUUGCAUGUGACAUGCAUCGUAUGCUUUGACCUCUCGGGUAAUUGUUUUCAUCUAUAGAUGAAAAGUUUGAAACAUUUCAGUAAUUGGAGUUUUGCUUUUGAGAGGUCUUACAAUGGAACUAGGACCCACUGUUUUGAGGGAACUCUUGCUAUUAUAUCUGUUUGGUCCUUAAUACAAUUUAAAUUUGGACAGAUUUAUUCUAGUUAAGCCAUAAGUGUCAACAUGUAAACUUGUUUUGAUUAAAGAAUUUUUCUAUCAAA